CCCAUUUCUUCUGAGACAUGCUCUUCCCGGCAGCACUAACAUGAGCAGCUCUCUGCGUGCGUUCUUCUAUUUCCUUCUUCUUCUUCUCGUCCUGCUGCUGCUGCUGCCAUCUCGGCUACUGGGUCUCAACUCCGACGGAGUUCUGCUCCUGUCCUUCAAGUACUCCGUCCUCAGCGACCCGCUGUCGGCGCUCGCCGACUGGGACUACGCCGACGACACCCCCUGCUCCUGGAAUGGCGUCGUCUGCAUGGGCUUCCCGCUGUCCGACAGCAACCGCACCAGCAGCGGCGGCGGCGGCAGCGGCGGCGGGCUGUCGCCGACGGUGUCGCGGGUGAUCAGCCUGGUGCUGCCGAACGCGCAGCUGCUGGGGGCCGUCGCGCCGGAGCUCGGGCAGAUCGAGCACCUGCGCCACCUCGACCUCUCCGGCAACGCCCUGAACGGCUCCCUCCCCGCCGCCUUCUUCAACGCCUCCUCCGAGCUCCGCGUGCUCUCGCUCGCCGACAACGAGAUCUCCGGCCAGCUCCCGGAGGCCGUCGCCCGCCUGCAGCAGCUCCAAAUCCUCAACCUCUCCGACAACGCGCUCGUCGGAGUGCUGCCGGCCAACCUCACCCUCCUCCGCAACCUCACCGUCGCCUCGCUCGCCGGCAACUACUUCUCCGGCGGAAUCCCCGGCGUCGCCCUCGAUGCCCUCCAGGUGCUCGACCUGAGCUCGAACCUCGUUAACGGCACCAUCCCGCCGGAUCUCGGCGGUCGGAGUCUUAGGUACCUGAACCUGUCGUAUAACCGGCUCGCCGGGCCGAUCCCUCCGGAGCUGGGAGCUAAGAUUCCGGCGAAUUCCACUAUUGAUCUCUCGUUCAAUAAUCUCACCGGGCCGAUCCCGGAGACCGGAGGUUUCGUUGUGCAGAGCCCCGCGGCCUUCGCGGGGAAUCCGGAUCUCUGCGGCCGGCCGCUGAAGCAGAUGUGCACAAUUCCUUCCACCCUCUCGAAUCCGCCUCCGAAUGUGACGGAUUCGAAGUCCCCCCCGGCCUUCGCGGCGAUACCGAAGAACACAGAUGGGAAUUCGGGGGGAUCGGGGGAGGGUGGCGGCGGCGGCGGGGGCUCGGGGAGGGGAGGAGGAGGAGGAGGAGGAGGAGGCCUACGUCCCUCGACCAUCAUUGCCAUUGCGGGGGGUGAUUUAGCCGGGGUGGGGAUUCUCUUCGUCGUGUUCUUGUAUGUGUACAAUGUGAAGAGGAAGAGAAGGCGUCAGCUGCAGCAGCAGCAGGAGCAAAAUCCGAAGGAGAUGAGAGGACUUGGGUUGAAGAGUGUGGAUAGAGGCGGAAAAGAGAAAACGGCGAUAUCGUCGUCGUCGCCGGAGCGCUGCAGUCUGUCGUGCUGCUUACGAAACAAGAACGGGGGCGACGACGACAACGAGACCGAAGAGACAUCAGACAGCUCGGAUUCGUCAGAAACAGAAGAGGGAGGAGAAGAAGAGAUACAACGCAGAGGGAGAGAGGCAGUGGACCGCAGCAAGUCGCAGGCUCAGCAGCAGCAGCAGCAGGGCGCGACGCUUGUGACCGUCGACGGAGAGAGCCAACUCGAGCUAGAGACCCUGCUCAAGGCGUCGGCGUACAUACUCGGAGCCACGGGCUCCAGCAUCGUGUACAAGGCUGUGCUUGCCGACGGCACGGCGCUGGCGGUGCGGCGGAUCGGAGAGAGCAGCUGCAUCGACAAGUUCAAGGACUUCGAUGCCCAGGUCCGGGCCAUCGCCAAAUUCCGCCACCCGAACCUCCUCCGGCUCCGCGGGUUCUACUGGGGGGCUGAUGAGAAGUUGCUUAUUCAUGACUAUGCCCCUAAUGGGAGCCUCGCCAACAUCUCUUUCAGCAGAAAGCUGGGCUCGUCGGCGUUCCACUUGAACUGGGAGGCACGGUUGAGGAUCGCGAGGGGCGUGGCGAGGGGGCUCGCGUACCUCCACGAGAAGAAGUGCGUGCACGGCAACGUGAAACCGAGCAACAUCCUAUUGAGUGCCGAGCUAGAGCCGCUGAUCGGAGACUUCGGGCUGGAGCGGCUGGUCUCCGGUGACGGCGGCCCUGGUAGUGCCAGCUACAAACCAGGCGCAUCUGCGCGGUUAUUCGGAAGCAAACGGUCGAUGCAUUCGACCAACAGUCUGCCAGACCUUUCUCCCUUGGCCGGUGUUAGUCCUUGCGGUUCGUCCUCCGCUGCAGCCGCUCCGCCACCGUACCAGGCCCCCGAGUCGCUGAAAAACCUGAAGCCCAAUGCGAAGUGGGACGUAUACGCCUUCGGGAUGGUACUGUUAGAGCUGAUCGCCGGUCGGGUGUUCUCGGAGGUCGAAUUGUGCCAGUGGAACGCGGGGUUCGUGGUGGAGGAGCGGAACAGGAUACUUAGAAUGGCUGAUCCGGCGAUACGGGGCGAGGCCGAAGGGAAGGAGGAUGCAGUGCUGAGCUGCUUUAAGCUCGGGUUCGCGUGUUGCUGCUCGGCGCCGCAGAAGCGGCCAGGGAUGAAGGAUGCAGUGCAAGUUCUUGAGAGAAUUCCUUCUGCCCCAUCAUCUUCAUAAAUCUUUUACUGACCAAAAAUGGAUGGUAAUAAUGCAUGGUAUCAAAAUCUUUCAUGUAUUGUUUUCUUUUAUUUUAUUUUUUUAUAUUUGCAAUUUCAUGUAGAAUUCUACUAAUUUGAGUGUUGCCAUUAACUCAUUGUAGUAACACACAAUGAUUUGUUGGUGUUUGUGUUGUGAGUUUUAAAGUUUAGUUUCUUUAUUAAA